ACAUGCAAAAAGCGCAGCCACAGUCCCUGCGAAAAGCGAGCACGUUCGUUGCCUAAGUCUUUUGUUUGGACAUGCAGCGAGAAAUUGAAAAUUGAUUGCCAAGUGACACAAGUGACGCAACGAAAACAAAACAACACGAAGCAGCUGUAGCAGCUGUAGCAGUAGCAGACUAGGCUGGCUAGACAUGGCUCUGGCCAACUUUUCAUUGCCAUUUGGCGCGCUAUCACAGCCCUGGGGCGUGACCAUAUCCCCCCUGCAUCCCAUACAUCAGCUGGCCAGCAAUACGAACAAUUUGCUUUACUCGCCGGCCGAUCAUCAGCAGGCGCAGCCACAAGAUGCCACACCAGCGGCUCCAGAAUACUUUAAGAACAAUCCCUAUGCAGCACCACAGGCUGCUGGCUAUCCUUACAACUCGAAUAGUAGAAGAAAAAGCGGCAACGCCUACUUGCCGCCACCCACAGCGGGCGCAGUGCGCAACUCUGUCUACCACAUACAGCAACAGCAACAACAACAACAGCAGCAACAACAGCAGCAGCAGCAACACCAACAGCAGGCAAGCAGCCAUAGCGAGCAGCUGGAAACAGAUGAGAAUAGUGUGGCCUUCCAAGCUGGCUCCACAGGACAAAGCACCUUACAAGUCACACAACAAUCGAGUGGUCGCGGUCCUGCCGAGGGCUCCUACACUCGCUAUCCGCAGGCAGGGAAGCAGCAACAACCGCAGCAACAACCGCAGCAACAGCAGCAACAACAACAAAAACAACAGUACUAUAAUGCACAUGGCAGUGCGAGUUUUACGAAGAACAGCGGCAGCUUUAGUAUUACCAGUUUUGGCAACAAUCCUCGACAGCAACAGCCCGGACAACGGCCGAGGCAAGUCAACGAGCAUCCGCAGCAAGGCCAGAGCUCCAGUGGCAAGACCGAUCAACCAGCCUCCACCUAUGGCGUGGCUCCGCCGAGUGGCGGUUUUCCGGAACGCCAGCCCGGAUUUACGCGUGUUCAGGCAGGUCAGGGUUCACGCACCCAAGUGCAUGCAGUGCUCGACUACGAUGUGGAGGAGGGCGAGGACGAGGACUACUACGAUGGCGAGGAGAACGAAAAAGAUAAUGCUAAAGGCGGCAACAUGCCCACCGUCACACCCAUACAGGGUCCGAUCUAUCUGAAGAAUGGCAGUGUGCCGGUUGUGCCGCUCUUCUCCUAUCCGAAGCUCAACAAUGGCAGCUUUCUGCAGAUACCCAUCUGGUGGACCGCCUUGUCUGUGGCUCUGGGUCUGGACGUGCGUGGCGAUGUCAUCAAAGGUGUGCCCUGCAUCAAGCGCUUUCAUCAGCUCUUCUGCCCCACCGCCGGCAACAGCUAUCCCAUUGACAAAAUCGAACGGUUCAUCGAUGACAAUAAAGCGCUGAUGCGUCGCAUGUAUGGGGACUUUGAGAUGAAUAUGGACACCGGCGGGCCCCGGCAACAGGCCAAGAUCCGCAAACGACGCUUCAUCGACGAACCGGACAUCUUUAUACCUCCGGGCGCCUAUGCGGCCCAUGCGGGGGCUGCGACGCAUGCCGAGGCCGGCGAUAGUUACUUCGGCAAUUUGCGGAAGAAGCGUCAAGCGGCGGGGCAGAAUCGCAACAGAGUCGGUGGCAGCGUUGGCGGUGGCAGCGGCGGCGGUGGCAGCGGCGGUGCUGCCGGUGGUGCCAACAACAACAAUCAGAACAGACAAGGCAGUUCAGGCACUGGCAGACUUGACGCCUGUGAAUCAAAAAUUGAAAUUGUGACACCCUACUGGGCCUCAAAUUCUGCUGGAAAAAUACGAGCCAUUGUAAAUACGCAACAUUUCGAACAGGCCAUACAUCAGGAGGUCUGCAGCAAUACGCAGACCCCACGCUGCGAGGGCGAGUGCGGAUGCGAGCAGAAAUAUAAGUGGCAUCGAUUGCUUGCCUACGAUCCGGACAACGAUUGCAAGGGCAUAUUUAUGGAUUGGUUCCUGUUUCCUUCAUGCUGUGUUUGUAGAUGUAAUCCUUAAACUUAAACCUAAGCCUUUAUGCGCGUAACAAAAGUCUACGAAACGAAAGUGUACUUAUGCUUCGUUGUACGUUGUCGAAUGCCACAGAAUGUAUUUUAGUUGUUGUUAAGUAGCAUUAUA